CUGCCCUUCACAAAGGAAAUCCCUGAUUGUUGUUUGAAAUGCUCAGGAAGUGGCUGCGAAGGAGACUUUUUUCUUAUCCCACUAAAUACUACUUUGUGGUCUUUGUGUUUUCCCUAAUCACCUUCUCCGUUUUAAGGAUUCAUCAGAAGCCCGAAUUUGUAAGUGUCAGACACUUGGAGCUUGCUGGGGAGAAUCCCAGCAGUGAUGUUACCUGCACCAAAGUUUUACAGGGUGAUGUAAAUGAAAUCCAAAAGGUAAAGCUUGAGAUCCUAACAGUGAAAUUUAAAAAGCGCCCUCGGUGAACACCUGAUGACUAUAUAAGACCAGUGACUGAUUCUUUCAUCAAGAGGCGCAAAUAUAUCGUAGAGCCCCUUAGUAAAGAAGAGGCAGAGUUUCCAAUAGCAUGUUCUAUCGUGGUUCAUCACAAGAUCGAAAUGCUUGAUGGGCUACUGAGGGCCAUCUAUAUGCCUCAGAAUUUCUAUUGCGUUCAUGCGGACAAAAAAUCGGAGGAUUCCUAUUUAGCUGCAGUGAUGGGCAUUGCUUCCUGUUUCAGUAACGUCUUCGUGGCCAGCCCAUCGGAGAGUGUGGUUUAUGCCUCGGGGAGCCGGGUUCAGGCUGACCUCAACUGCAUGAAGGACUUCCGUACAAUGAGGGCGAACUGGAAGUACUUGAUAACUCUUUGUGGUAUGGAUUUUCCUAUUAAAACCAACCUAGAAAAUGUCAGGAAGCUCAAGCUGUUGAUGGGAGAAAACAGCCUGGAAACGGAGAGGAUGCCAUCCAGUGAAGAAGAAAGGCGGAAAAAGCGGUCUGAGGUCAUUCAUGGAAAGUUGACAAACACAGGGACUGUCAAAAUGCUUCCUCCGCUGGAAACGCCCCCUUUUUCUGGCAGUGCCUACUUUGUGGUCAGUAGGGAGUAUGUGGGGUAUGUACUACAGAAUGAAAAAAUCCAAAAGUUUAUGGAGUGGGCGCAAGACACAUGUAGCCCUGAUGAGUAUCUCUGGGCUACCAUCCAGAGGAUUCCUGAAGUCCGGGGAUCACGCCCUGCCAGCCAUAAGUACGAUUUGUCUGACAUGCACGCGGUUGCCAGGUUUGUCAAGUGGCAGUACUUUGAGGGUGAUGUUUCCAAGGGUGCUCCCUACCCACUGUGCGGCGGGGUGCUCGUGCGCUCGGUGUGCAUUUUCGGAGCUGGCGACUUGAACUGGAUGCUGCGCAAGCACCACUUGUCUGCCAAUAAGUUUGACAUGAAUAUUGACCUCUUUGCUAUCCAGUGUUUGGAGGAGCAUCUGAGACAUAAGGCUUUGGAGACAUUAAAACACUGA